CGCAAGUCAAUUUCACGGCAAUCAGUCAAAUGUUAUUACAGUUAUAAACUGAAAGUUAUUUUUUAUAACAUACACAAAUCAGUUGAUUGAAUUAUGAAAUGGAUUCCGCUGUACUUAUAUUUGUUUUUACUUUAAUUAUUAAUAUUUUGAAAUGCGAAGCUAUUACAUUGGAAGAUACAAUAAAUUUGCUAUUGAAAUACAGAAGGAGUCUACAAACAGAGAAGGAUGGCAAAGAUAAAAUCAUAAACACGAAUCCACAGACGAAAAAAUAUAGAAGUAGUUUUUACGGUGCCGAUGAAGAUGAAGAUGAAAUAAGUUACAGAAGAGCUUUUGUUAGUGCGGAAGACCUUGGAGAUUUCAGAAAAAACACGAAGUAUGAAUUCGAUCCCAACGAUUUGUAUAAAACAAAUCGUCGAUUAUAUGACUCCCAUGCUGGCAUGAGGUCACCAAUCAUUGGGGCUCCAAGGGUACCGAGUCACCUGCCCGAAGCUGAAGCCAUUCUCCCAGGGCAUACAUUGAUUAGACCAGCUCUGGGAAUGCUUAAAUCUGCUGUCAAGUUCCCACACAAAGAUUUGGACAAUGGUGCUGGAGUUUAUGGGAAUAUUGAUAGUUUGGGCAUCACAUACGGCGGUACAGGUGAACGGAUAUUGUACACUGGAUUCAGAAGAAAUAAUAAUGACUUCUCACUACCAGAAUCGAGUGAUUCAUUAAACUUCAGACCAAGAUACAUUAUAGCACUCGUGCGCAAGAAACCACGAAAUAAGGUAACAUACAAAUACAAUAACUACGACAAUAACUGAAAAUAAAUGCUUUGACUUUGA